AUGGCUACCACUGGUACAUCAUUUUAUCAAGCACUUUAUCUUUUCUAGAUUGUCGCCACCACAAUCGUAGCAAUAGCAACAGCAGCCCAGCUACCAUCAGCAAAGUAUCUCCCAGGAGAUUCAGGAGUUGGUCCAACUGGAUCUGACUAUGGGAAUCAGCUCGAUGGGAACAGAAGACAGGAAGGCAAUGGUAAUACUCGUCCUCAGCAAGCGUUGGAGAAGAGUGCAGCUAUACUGAAAAUGAGUAAUGAAGCUAAUGAGAAUGGUUUUCAAUACUCCUAUGAGACAUCAAAUGGCAUUCAAGCGGAAGAAUCUGGCAACGCGGUUCAAACUCAAGGGGGGUUCUCCUACAAAGGAGACGAUGGUCAGGUCUACACCGUAACCUUUACAGCUGGAGAGAAUGGCUUCAGACCUGAAGGAGCUCAUCUUCCCGUACCGCCUCCUACUCCUGUUGAGAUACUACUCGCUUUGAAGCAAAAUGAACAAGAUGAGGCUGCUGGGAUCUUUGAUGAUGGAUUAUAUCAUCCAGAAAAUAAUGAAAAUGGAGGUAAAGCUGGGCAAAGAUCCACAGGCCGAGGGUUUGGGUCGGCUAAUCAUCAAGGCAACUACAAUCCUAACUCAGGGUACAGCUACUAA